UUCAAAACAACAUGGCGGGCUCACAUGGCAGUGUCUUUUCCUUGAAACUGGUAUUUAUUUUGAGCAUGUAGUCAUAAGCAGCUGCAGAUAAAGAUCAGAGGGGUGCUGCACAAGAUAGUGAGGAACUACACUAUGAGAAGUCUCAUAGUAAAACAUCUGCAAUUCAAAGUAAUGGUUCCAUAAAGAAGAAACCCGUAUCUCCACAAUUUGAAGAGGUCACUCUCUUUAAUCGUGUGCUGUUGGCCAACAAUCUCCAAGUACAUUCAUCAAUCAAGGGUGAUGGUAACUGCUUAUUUCGGGCGGUAGAGGCUCAAUUAAAAAAGUUGGGGAUAUUUACAAGCCACACAUAAGAAAGUCUGCGUAAAGUAGCAGUGGAAGAACUAGGAGGGCGCCAGAGCAAUUUGAAGGGAUUUUUCGAAAAUGGAAAUGUUGGAAACUACCUCCAAACGAUGAGUAAAGACGGCGAGUGGGGAGGUGAACCUGAGAUUGUAGCUUUGGCGUCUGUUCUGAAAAUAAAUAUUAACGUUGUAACUCCGUCAGAAGAUCUGGACCGCGCCAUUCUCAGUUAUGGUAAUAGUAAAGAUCCAACAAUUCUGUUGGGUUUGUAUAACGGCCAUUACUGCAGCCUAGAGCCGAUGUCCCGUGAAGAAAAAGAUGGUCCAGUACGCUUGAGCACCAAUCUUUUGACAGAUCGUGAUAUUGAUUGCCUAAGAUCCACCAAGUUCCAAGAAAAUUCCCCAUCCAAACCGUCUGAGGAGGAACAACCACGUUAUCAACAAGAAUUGGACUCUGUGACGAGACGUUUCAGCGAGGCGCGCGUGGAUUUGAAGAAUCUUGAAGCGGAAAAUGCAGGAUUGCGCCAUCACAUCAAGACGGUGGAGAUGUCCAAUUACAAGGUUCAAAAGGGCCUGAGAGAGCUUGAAAAGCUGCUCGUUCGUCACAAAGUAGUUGAAGAAGAUGGGUGUAGCGCGGAGAAAAAUGCAGUAUUGCCUUCCGAAGUCAGGACGCUGCAGACGGUGCGUAGCAAGGUUCGAGAGUUAAUUAGAGAAUCUGAAAAGUUGUUCAUUCAUACAGUUGAAGACGAUGAGGGUAGUAUGGCGAAGCCGAUAGCCUACGUAGUUCCAGUCGUUCGUCAGUGGGGUAAGAUAUCGUGGAUAGGCUUCUGUAUAAACAUUGUAAAACUCCAGUCCUUAUCCAUGUAUCUCACAGAAACUUCCUUGUCGCACAGACAUUCUUAACACCUAAAUGAAACAAUUAUCUUUUAAGCAUUGUUAAUAUGUGAAAUGUUUUUGGAGAUGCACCAAGAUAAUGAGAAAAGAAAUAAGUUGACGAACAGGGGUUGUGGAAAAUACUUGAGUCAAACACGUUUCAUUUUCUUUCUCUGAAUCAAUUUCGUUUCAUAUAAGUUCAGAUAAAUUUAGAAAGCAUCUACGGAAAUUUUGUGUGAAAUUUGGUUGAAACCGUUAUUGUAUCCGCACUUGUUGGAUAUCAGACUCUUUACAGCCAAUCUGGCGCUGCCCGUGGAAUCAUUUGGUUAUAGUUCCGUGAUCCUUUCUCAAUGUCGCCAAGCCGCCGUUCUAUCUCUGAAAUUGAAAAUGUGAUGAUUUCUAAACAUAGUUCGCCAAUCUGGGGGUUUCAAGUUUCCUGUUUCCAAGAAGAUAAAAGUUAAGCACCCUGCAUACCUAAUCAGGAUAUCAUAUCAAUUAGAAGAUAUUAACAUCGCAUGUUAAUAAAAUCUACAGAUCCUGACAGUUCGAGUGAAUGGGACUCUGCCUCCUCAGAGGCAUCAGAAUAUCAUAGUGCACAAUAACAACAUCGAAUAUCAUUGCGCCUUUCAUUCAAGAGAAAGAGCGCGGAAAUUCCCUUUCUUUUGUGCCUGACUUGUCAAAUGUUAGAAUUGUUGUAGAGCGUUUCCAAGGCUCGAUAUUUCAAGCAUUUUUAGGUUUACCUUUUGUUUUAUUAAGUCUCGCCUUUUUGCCCCUACGUGCUAUUUU